GACGCCGAGGAUGGAGUGGUCAACACGUCUCCCUUGCCCUCACCUACACCCAGUAAUGACCAGUUCACCACGCCAAAGGAAGGCUCGCCUUACGAGGCGCCUGUCUACAUUCCUGAUGACAUUCCAAUUCCCGGCGAUUUGGAGCUGCGAGAGUCUUCGGUGCCCGGUGCAGGCUUGGGCGUUUGGGCCAAGACUCGCAUCGGAGCUGGCGAGCGGUUCGGUCUGCACAGCGCGGGAAAAGGCAGCUCCUUCGGAUGGGAGCAACAGUUGACAAAAUGUGAUAUAUCAUUAUCUGAAGGUUGCGUCAGAGCAGUGGUUGACGACUUGGGCAACAUUAAGUUUGCUCUGGACACAGGCCCAGAAACCCCCAACAACAGCUGGCUGAAGUAUGUUCGCUCCGCCCCUUCGUUUGAGGAGCAGAACCUCGCCGCUUGCCACCUCACUGGAGACCAGAUUUAUUACAAAGCAGUCCGGGACAUAGAUGCGGGGGAGGAGCUUUUGGUUUAUAUGAAGGACGGCAUUUUUCCGGAGGGAUCCAUGGCACCCAACUUACAAGAUGAGCAGAUGUACCGCUGUGAAGACUGUGACGAGCUGUUCUCGUCAACACUUGAGUUGCGGCGACACCAGAAGUAUUCCUGUUCCAGUGCGGGCUCCAUCUUUGACACCCUGAGAGAGGACUUCAAACAGGAGCGUGAGGACAGCGAUGAAACCGUCCACGAGUGUAAAGACUGUGAGAAGAUCUUCCCAAAUGAGUAUAGUCUUGGCCAGCACAUGAUAGUCCACACAGAGGAGAGGGAGUACAAGUGUGACCAGUGUCCCAAAGCUUUCAACUGGAAGUCCAACCUCAUUCGUCACCAGAUGUCACAUGACAGCGGCAAGCGCUUUGAGUGUGAAAAUUGUGAUAAGGUCUUCACAGAUCCCAGCAAUCUACAGCGUCACAUCCGCUCACAGCACGUAGGGGCGCGAGCUCACACUUGUCCCGAGUGUGGCAAGACCUUUGCCACCUCAUCAGGUCUCAAACAGCAUAAGCACAUCCACAGCAGUGUCAAACCUUUUAUCUGUGAGGUGUGCCACAAAUCCUACACCCAGUUCUCCAACCUCUGCCGCCACAAGCGUAUGCACGCAGACUGCCGCACUCAAAUUAAGUGUAAGGAUUGUGGCCAGUUGUUCAGCACUACCUCCUCCCUAAACAAGCACCGUCGCUUCUGUGAGGGCAAAAACCAUUAUGGCUCACCAACAGGAAUGUUCAAUCCUGGUAUCCCCAUGAGUUCCAGUCCUAUUUUGGCCAAGGCCAAGUCCCACCACCCUCACCUAACUGGUCUGAACCAGUCAGGUUUAGGCUUCACUGACUACUUUCCUUCGAGACCUCACCCUCAUGCUGGCUUGCCCUUCUCCUCAGGACCCCACGGUUUCCCGUCCCUCCCCCAUGGGUUCCCCGGCAUGUUUCCUCCAUCAAUGUAUCCACGACCACCGCUAUUGCCGCCUAGUCCAAUGAUGAAAACAGCCCUUGGCAACAGCACUCAAGAAGUCAAGCUGCCACAGAGUCCUCCAGAUGGCCCGCCAGUGUCUUUAGUUAGCUCCACCAAUAGUAAUGGAGGCAAUAGUUUAAGUUUAGCUGAGGACAAAGAUAGUGAAAGCAAACUGACGUUGUCCUCUGGUGGAGAGGCUAAGACAAAAUCCAAAAUUGGAGAAAUUUCAGAUGGCAGUGACUUGGAAGAUAUUAACACGACGAGCGGGACUGAUUUGGACACCACAACUGGUACAGCUUCAGGUGAUGGUUCUGACUUGGAGAGUGAUGGAGACAGUGAACGCGAGCACAAUGGCAAAAGAAGAAAGCCGUCUAUUGCACUAUCAAGCCAAGACGGUUCCCAGUUAGAAGACACAAACAGUGCAGUGAUGCCAGCAGUGUCUAAUUCAGGGAACUUCUCGAUUGAUCGGCCCUUUUUGUCUUCUGUGUCAACACAGCACUCUUUCUUCCCUCCACCUGAUGAGCAAGCACUCCCACCCACGACAGCAAAUGCUAAUGCAGCCACCACUGAUUCAAUUAAAGCCAUUGCUUCUAUUGCUGAGAAAUAUUUUGGCCCAGGUUUGAUAGGUCUUCAUCAGGAGAAGAAGAUGGGUCCGCUCCCCUACCACUCCAUGUUUCCCUUUCAGUUCUUACCUAAUUUCCACAGCUCCUUGUACCCCUUUAGCACUGAUCGAGGUGCCCUCAACUCUGGCCUGUUCUUCAAGGGUGAUGCCAAAUCGCCUCGCGAACACCUACAUAAGAUGGUUUCUGGUACACUUGGAGCUCCUGUACCUACUGGGGAAUCACCAUUUGAUCUUAGUACGAAACCUAAGGAGACCAAGUUAUCUCCUCCAACUCCAACUAACCCUUCAAAUCCACACACUAAUACUAGCAUUGCCAGGGGCUCUUCAGUAACAUCUAGUGGUGAGGAACAGCCAUUAGACCUCAGUAUCAAUAACAGAAGCCGAGGUGGUCACAAUGGUAUGGUAGCAGAAGCGCAGACUCAAAAGAACCACAUUUAUGGAGUUGUAAAAGGCAUGUCUAUCAAGGAUGAAACAGCCAAUUUUUCAAUCCCCCACACCCAGUCACUGCAUCAAUCCCCCAUUGCAUCGCACCAACAGCCACAGCCACACCAACCACCUCCACUGCACUACGCCAAGCCCUCCGCCUUCUUUAUGGACCCAAUAUACAGCAGGGUGGAGAAGAGGAAGCUACUUGACCCUGUUGGAGCUCUGAAGGAGAAAUUCCUCAGGCCUUCACCACAGCUCUUCCAUCCACAGAUGUCUGCAAUGGAGAACAUGGCAGAAAAACUGGAAAGCUUUGGUGCACUAAAACUGGACAUGCCGCCCAAUUCACUGCAACACUCUGCUCACCCACUAUUCAACUUCCGCUCACCUCCUCCCUCGCUUUCGGAUGCUAUUCUCCGCAAGGGCAAGGAGCGCUACGCCUGCAGGUACUGUGGAAAAAUCUUCCCCCGCUCAGCAAACCUCACCAGACACUUGCGAACACACACAGGCGAACAGCCCUAUAGGUGUAAGUACUGUGACCGCUCAUUCAGCAUCUCGUCCAACCUGCAACGCCACGUUCGCAACAUACACAACAAGGAGAAACCCUUCAAGUGUCACCUGUGCAACCGCUGCUUUGGUCAACAAACCAAUCUAGACCGGCAUCUCAAGAAGCACGAGCACGAGAACAUUCCUGUGAGCCAACAGUCUGGGAUGCUUUCCAACUUAGGAACCACCAUCUCCUCGCCAAACUCCGAGCCUGACAAUCAUGCACUUUUAGAUGAGAAGGAGGACUCAUACUUCUCAGAAAUCCGAAACUUCAUCUCCAACAGUGAAAUGAACCAGGCCUCCAGCUCCACGGAUAAAAGAUCUGACCUGGCUGAGGAGGAUCACCCGGGUAGCCAGAGGUUGUCCAACUCCAAGCUGUCCCUACAGGGGCUGGAGGAGGAGGAAGAAGAAGCAGAGGGGGAUGACGAGGAGGAAGAGGAAGGCAGUGUGACUGAAAAGUCUCACGAUGAAGCCCCGGAAUCCCCGUCACCAAUUACAACACGCGUGUAUGAAGAGGAGGAGGACGAAGAAGAGACUACUCCAUUAUCUAUGAGCUAUGAGCACUCUCGCAGGUGUUUAGAGGAGGAAGGUUCCCUCCUGGACCUUGAAGGUCUUCCCAGCUUUCCCAAGGGCCUGGAUGGCUUACGUAAAGCGGCCAGUGAUGAGCAACAUUUUGACGUUAAAGACAUAUUUAAUACGUCACUAGAGUCGGAGACCUUGAAAGAGACGUUGUACAGGCAGGCUAAAACCCAGGCUUAUGCAAUGAUGCUGUCUCUCUCCGACAACAACCCUUUGCACGCGCCCUCCCAGAACUCUCUGGACGCUUGGCUGGGCAUGGGAGGUGGGCCUUCUGAGACAAGUAGCUUUCACCCGCUCAACCACAUCUAG